UGCUAACUGCAUCAUUAUCUAACUGAGAGUCAAACACUGUUUGGAUUAUGAGGAAGGAAACUGACACUCAGGUGGUCAGUGUCUGGGUGCGGGACCCGCGGAUACGAAAGAACGACUUCUGGCAUGCCUACAUAGACUAUGAGAUCUGUCUGCAUACCGACAGCGUGUGCUUCACCAAGAAGAUCUCCAGCGUGAGAAGAAGGUUCAGUGAGUUUGUGUGGCUCCGACAGAAGCUGCAGGCUAAUGCAAUGCUAAUGGUCCGGCCUCCACAGCUGCCCCCUAAGAACCUGUUCUUCAGCCUGAACAACGCCCAGCAGAUCACUGAGCGGAUGAAAGGCCUGCAGCAGUUCCUGGAACAGACCCUCCAGAACCCUCUGCUGCUGUCCGACAGCUGCCUGCAUCUCUUCCUGCAGUCUGAGCUCAGCGUGGCCAGGAUGGAGGCCUGUGCUGCUGGGAGGACCCACUACUCCGUGGCCCAGGCCGUCCAGAGCUGUGGCCUCAGGAGAUUCCACUCUGAGGAGGAGCUGCAGAAGGAGCUCAUGUCCUGUGACUCUGACUCAGACUGCUCAGAGUGUCCAGGACUUCGGAUUAAAGAUUUGGCAAUAAACAAAGUGCAGAGUGCGCCUUCACUUGGUCUGAUGGGGAGCAGUGAGGAGGAGACCCUCAGCUGCUCAUGUGGUUCCACAUGAAAACAUCAUCAUCGUCUCAUUGUUGGGACCCUGAGGAAGAAAUCUGCCUGUUACCCGUCAUACUGCACUUUUGUCUAUGUGGUUGCUUCUAAUUGUAAAGCUUAUUAUGUUCUCAUUGUGGCAUCUCAGACUGAAACAUGUACAGUAACAAGUAAUAAAGAAUGUAUCUAUUGUA